GUACAUAUAAAAGAUGGCAUAAUACUUAAUAUUGAAAAUAUCGGUAUAUAAUUUAUUAAUUUCCAAGGACAUAUACUGUGCAACUAUAAAUAAUUCUAUCUGGACAUGGAUAUUGAUUUGGUUGGUUGAAUGGAUUGAAGAGCCUGUGAUGUUGAUGUUAAUGUCUGUGAGAAGAGAGUGUUGUGAUUAUCGUGACUGAUGUGCAUGGUAGAAAUAUUUGUUAAUGAUAGUUAUUCUCAUGUGGUAUGCAUGUUAAAUGGUGGGUGGGAAUUUAUUACGACCGAAUUAAUGGGAUAUUAUAAUGUCAAUUUCCAUGUCCAGAGGGAAAUUACGGAAUGUCCAAGAGUGCGCCGAUUGUGGAUCAUCGGAUCCAUCAUGGGCAUCAGUUAAUAGGGGUAUCCUGUUGUGUGACGAGUGUUGUAGUAUUCACAGAAGUUUAGGUCGUCACAUUUCUCAAGUGAAAUCAUUAAAAAAAGGGUCAUGGAGUUCUACAUUACUUCAGAUGGUACAUACUCUCAAUAACAAUGGUGUAAACAGUGUUUGGGAACACUCUCUGUUAGACCCAAUGCAUUCAAAAUCAGGACGAAAGAAACCCCACUUCAAGGAUCCUCUCCAUCCAACCAAAGCAGAUUUCAUCCGAGCGAAACAUCAGAUGUUGGCAUUUGUGUUUCGACCUGGAAAAGAUGAGACAUUAUUAUCGGAAGAUGACCUCAGUAGGCAGCUUCACUCAAGUGUUCGUACAUCCAAUUUGGAAACUAGCCUUCGCCUGCUUUCCCAAGGAGCAGACCCAAAUUAUUUCCACGAGGAAAAGGGAACUACACCUCUGCAUGUUGCAGCAAAGGCAGGGCAGGUGUCACAAGCAGAGCUGUUGGUGGUGUAUGGAGCAGAUCCUGGGGCUGAAGACAGUCAAAGGAAAACACCUGUUGACUAUGCUAGGCUAUCAGGGCACAAAGAUCUAGGAGAUCGUCUUGUGGAAUGCAUGUAUGAACUAACAGAUCGUUUGGCAUACUACUUGUGUUCACGGAAACCAGAUCACCAAAUUGGACAGCAUUAUAUUAUUCCUGAGAUGUCAGAUAGUUUAGAUCAAACAGAACUUGCCAAAGUUGCCAAAAAGAAACUGCAGCUGUUGCCAAACCAUUUGUUUGAGGAGUUGGCCAUGGAUGUAUAUGAUGAAGUGGAUAGAAGAGAGACUGAAUCAAUUUGGUUAACAACCUUGAAGUCAUCAACUGUGCUGGCACCAGAACGCUGCACUGUGCCCUUUCUCCCAGUUAACCCCGAGUUUUCAUCAACCCGAAAUCAAGGCCGUCAAAAGCUGGCUCGUUUUAAUGCACGAGAAUUUGCAACACUCAUUAUAGACAUUCUGUCCGAUGCUAAACGUCGUCAGUCGCCUACAGUAUCAUCUUCAGUACUGUCACAAGAAAUUAAAAUACCUCAAGUGAAUAAAGUACCAGGAGGCCCACCAACAGUUCCUGUUGAUGUGCGUCAGCCAGGAAGGAAGUCUGAAGUCUCUGAUGAUGAACCUCUGUAUGAUAGUGUUGCAUCAGAUGAAGAUUACAUAGCAGCUGAACAGAUGGCAGUUUUGGCCCAACAGGCAGCUAAUAUGAAACUGCAAGAGAGCAAAAGUGUAAUACAUGAGAGCAAUGAAGAAAAGACUGCACAGGAGAAGAAGGCGUCUACACCCCCAACCACAGAAAAACAAAAUGGUCUACUAAAGGAUAAAUCUGAGUUCAGUAAAUUGCAGUCUUUACAAAAUGGUGGAAUAGCUUCAAUACAAGAGAAUAUAAAGAGACAACUUGCAGCUUCAGAGAGUGAGAUGGGAGAUCUAAGAAGUGAGAUCCGAAUUCUGCAGUCAACGGUUCAAAAUUUGGUGCGUGAAAACAGUGAACUGCGUAGCAUCAUUCAGCAUGCUGGAUUGUCUCUCCCUCAUCAGUCAUCAUCAUUGUUGUGUUCUUCCCCACUUCCCAAUGGUCGUGAAACUGAAACAGAAACAGAACCAGUGUUGGAUGUACGGUCACCUCGAUCGUCUUUACAGCGACCAGCUUCUAUGUAUGAACCUCGAGAGGGAUUGCUUCUUCGCAGUGGUAGCCAGUCACCUCAUAUUCAUCACUGCAUGUCAGCCACAGGAAACAUUGGAAAAUGGGACAAGAAUCAGAAACGGGAACCCAGCACAAAUGAAUAUGACAGUCCAAGUGCACUGGUACGACCCGUGAUGACACAGAGCUUGUAUCGCUGUUCAAGUCCAAAUCAGGAUGUUAUAACAAGCACCAGCAGUGUGUUGCCUCUAGCAGAGGAGGUUGUUAGGCGUACAGAUCAAGUCACAAAGCGCAUUCAGGAAUUGUGGGCUUCCAUGCAGGACCUGGAAGGACGAGACAGUUUUGUCCCUUGUGCAGAGAGAAUCACAGUUGCAGUUGCAGAACUCACUGCCAUUUUUCCACAGAAUCCUCGGGAUGAGACUAUUCGCAGUGCUUUACGCCAAAUGAACAAUAAUACACUGCGUUUGCAGUUGGAAUGUGCUGAUUUGCAGAGAUGUGCAGGAAGUGGAACACAGGUUUCUGAGCAGACAUAUUUCCUGCAGCAGGUCCGCUCAUGUGCUUAUGACAUUGCGAAGGCAACAAAGCAGCUUGUAACAAAGUUUCAAUACCAGUAAAAUCAGUAUUCAGAUAUUACUACAUUGACCAUUAACCCAUCAGCUUUAUUUUGCCAUCAUUCCAACAGACUGUCUAUAAUAGCACUAUUUUAAUCCAUUCAUCACUCAAACUGAAGUUAAAGACUUUUUGUCUUAUCGUUUAGAGAACUGUUUCUCCAAUAUUUUCUGUUUCACAGACCAGUGAAACAGUAGUGAUAUUUCCAAGAAUGGAUACUCUGUAUGUUUCACAUCGUUCAGUAUAAAUGAUGCUCACAGUUCUAAAUUAGCAUUUGCACUUCUCACUGUCACUGUGCAAUUUCGUCGAUGUAUUAAAAUUUAAACUUAAAAAGCAUUCAUCUCUUCCUGUUGUUCAAAGACUGCAUUUUUCAGGCCAACUGAUCAUCAUCAGGUGUACAGGCUAUAGAGGAAACUGCUAUCCCAUUGUCAUGUUGCUACACUUCGGAUUUUAAAGGCAUAAAUUACUUAUAAAAUAUUUAAAAAUUAUUUUUAAAGCCUGCAGAACAGCUACAAACAGCACCAAAGAAAAACUCAACACACCAACAAAAUAUACACCAGACCCACAACACGUGUAUACAACAAAAUAAUCACGACAUACUAUUUUAAAAAUAAUUUUAAAAUGUUUUAUAAGUAUUUUCACCUUUUAAAAUACAAAGUGUAGUAGCAUUACAUCAGGGCAUUAGUUUCCUCUCUAUAACAUGUACACCUGAUGGCCAGUUGGACCAAAACAUGUAAUGUUUGAAUAAUAGGAAGAGAUUAAUUUCUUUUUUAAUAUAUUGACGAAGUUUCAAAGGGACAGUGAGAAGUAUGAAUGAUAAUUUAGAAUACACAGGGCAACAGGAUGCUGCAAUACUCACAAUGUUGUUAUUACUAGCAUGUCUGAACAGAAUUAAAUGAAUUAUAGAGGAGACAGGAACAAACAGAAGUGUUGGACAUAAACUAUAUAAAUUUUAAGGAAAAUAACGAGCACCUUUGUUAUGCAUUAAAACAAAGAUACAUGAAUGAAAAAUUAUAUGAUUAACAGCACUGAGAUAUGUUCUGUCACUUUUCUACACAAUCUCUAGAAUGAUCCCCACAUUUGUAUCAAUGCCACACAAGCUUCAAAAUUCCAGUGUGGUAGAAGUGGAAGUCUGUUAUUUUGUGAUGAUGUUAAUAUCAAGACUAUAGUGUUGAUCCAGUGUUGUAAAUCAUCCCAUAGCAGUUAUAUUGUUGACUUCUCAUUUGAUCUUUCAAGGACCCCAAACAGAUGGUAAUAUAAGUGGGCCAAGUUCAGAUGGGGGAGGACUUGCAAUUUCUUCCAUGACCAUAUCGGUAUAAUGAGCUACAUUCACCUACAAGCUGAAAGUGUUCCUUUUGGACAGUAAAUCAACUUUGCUGGCUGUGGGCACUGUUCACAUCUUCUUUCUUGGAGACAUGGUGUGAUUCCACUCCACAUUUCAAUUGUGGGCCAUAAUGGUUAAAUUAAUUUUCUUGAUCAGUCGCAGUGCUGAACAAGAAGUCUUAGCCCUUAGCAGCAUGUCAAAUGAAGCAACUGUAACGAUACAUCUUUACUCAUGUUUUUGUAUUCAUUCAUAAGCAAGCAGGGAACAGACAUUUCAAUAUCUCACGUUUGCUGACAUCUCUAUGACAUAGCGUCUUGCUGCCAUGCUGUCCUCUGAUUUCCCUAACUGCUGCCCUUCAGUCUACUUUGAUGAACACAACAGCUCUCAGCUUAUUGAGUUCAGAUGCUGUAGUUCUUGGCUAAACACAGCAUGACAUCGUUGAUGUUGAUGUUUCACCCGUAUUCUGACUGCUGGUGUUCAUACAGCAUCUCCAUGCGCUUCAUGGAGAGGCCCAUUGAUGUCUGCAUCUGGAUGUUCUCUUUUACAAUGAAUCACUGCACACGGGCAGAUAACAUGUUACUGACAGCCUUUUAUCACAUCUGAUUGUGAGGAUGCUAGUUGUGCAGUGCUAGACCUGUUUUCGUAUGGGGAAGGAUAGACGUCACUACUGGUCUUAUACACUAUGGAGUUUUCAGCAUGACUGCAUGUAAUCCAACUGUGCUUGUGACUCUCCACACUGAGUGACAGUGACAAUCCACAUAUUUAGUUGCCGUAAGGAAACAAAAUAGAAAAAUACUGCCAAUUAUAAAAUAGUGCUUUUUCCAGCUCAUAUGAAAAAAUGUGGGAGAAUCUAAUUAGAUACUAAAUGUGAACAUGCACAGGAUGUCCCAGAAAUAACUACAGAAAAUUGGAGGGUGAGUACUAUCACCCAAUGGAACAAAAAUAGUUUGUAUAAGCAUUGGUCUGGAAAUGCUUCUUCAUUAACAAACUAGAGCCAUUUCAAGGUCUUCCUGCAACAGUAGGAUUAGAACUGUAGUUACAAAAGCAGUGUAUGCUGGGAACACUUUUGAAAGAAACUGGAAUUUAGCGUCCAGUGAUUGAGGCUAGCUCUUUCUAACGGACCCAACUGAAUAGGUGUUUUCCUUCAC